AUGGACAAUUUUACCCUUACGGUGGUUCUCAUGUCCAUUGCCACCCUUAUCUACUUGCUCCACCGCCGGAAAACGUCAAUUCCGGCGACUCACCUGCCACCAUCUCCGCCCAAACUCCCCAUCAUUGGCCACCUCCACCUCCUCACCAACAUGCCCCACCGAGCCUUUUCCCGCCUUGCUGACCAAUUUGGCCCCAUCUUUUACCUUCAACUCGGCCAAGUCCCGACGGUUGUCGUGUCGGCAGCCCAACCUGCCGAGCUCGUCCUCAAGGCUCAUGAUCAUGUCUUCUCGAACCGACCGCAACUCGUUGCGGCUCAGUACUUAUCGUUUGGAUGUUCGGAUGUCACGUUUUCUAAGUACGGACCGUAUUGGCGCCAAGCUCGAAAAAUUUGUGUUACCGAGUUACUGAGUCCGAAACGAGUGAACUCAUUCGAAGUCAUUAGAGACGAGGAAGUGACUCCCUUGCUUCAUGUUGUGUCGACUCGGUCCGGACUCGAGGUUGACAUUAGUGCAUUGUUUUUUCAUUUAGCCAAUGACAUGCUUUGUCGGGUUGCUUUCGGGAAACGGUUUCUUCAAGAGCAGUCACGCGGGAACGAGGAGAAAGAUUUGAAUCGUAUUUUGAGCGAAACUCAAGCGUUGCUAGCUGGGUUUUGUAUAGGUGAUUUUUUCCCCGAGUGGGAGUGGGUUAACUCGGUGAGUGGGAUGAGGAGGAGGUUGAUGAAGAAUUUGAAAGAAUUAAGGGAGGUUUGUGACGAUAUAAUAAAUGAGCAUAUGAAGACGAGAAAAGAAUCGACCUCCGGCGAUGGCGAUGCCAGAAAAGAAGAUUUUGUCGACGUUUUGCUUCGUGUUCAAAGACAACACGAUCUCGAGGUCCCGAUCACCGAUGACAAUCUUAAAGCUCUUGUUUUGGACAUGUUUGUAGCAGGAACAGACACAACUUCAGCAACUCUAGAAUGGGUAAUGACAGAGCUGUCAAGACACCCCGAAGUGAUGAAGAAAGCACAAGAUGAAAUCAGGGACAUGGCAGAAACCAAAGGAGAGAUCGAAGAAACCGAACUCCACCAUUUUCGUUAUCUGAAAGCCGUUAUCAAAGAAACUAUGCGGUUACACCCGCCAGUCCCACUUCUUGUCCCACGAGAAUCGAUGCAGAAAUGCACCCUUCAGGGAUACGACAUACCCGAAAGAACCCGAAUCCUGAUCAACACGUACGCAAUAGGACGUGACCCGAACUCAUGGCCGAAUCCCAUGGUGUACGAUCCCGAGAGGUUCGUUGAGACGGAGGUUGACUUUAGAGGUCAAGAUUUCAGGUUUUUACCGUUUGGAGGAGGGAGACGAGGUUGUCCUGGUUACGCAUUUGGAUUGGCGACAAUCGAGCUAACUUUGGCUAGGCUGUUGUACCACUUUGACUGGAAACUGCCACCCGGGACUGGACCCGAUGAUGUCGAUUUAGACGAGAUUUUCGGGUUGGCCACUAGGAAAAAAACUGCUCUAAAACUUAUCCCAACAGAAAACAGGAAUUAUGGGCUCAAGAAAGAUGGUCCUCGGGUUUCACCUAAUGCUACUUAGUAUGAACUAGAUAAUCGACAUUUUGAAGGGAACGAAAAAUUAUGUACUAUUGACAAUAAAUUGCAAGCAUCGGUCUAUAGAAUGUAGAUUUUUAAAGCAAAAAUGUGCG